ACGACCGCCGCGAAAGCGAAAGGCAGAUGAGGCGGAGGAGAUGAGACGAGACCACUAGAUUAAAGCGAAGCCACGGGAGUCUAGAGAGGGAGGCGCACACAGAGAGAGGGCGCGUGCGUGGGGGAAGCGGAUGGCGAGGCACGGCGGCGAGAUCACGGCGGCUUUCCCAGGCGGCGGCGGCGGCAUUGCCGGGGCGUCGACGGCCGCGACGACGCCGGCGGCGAGCCCGUACCAGGUGACGGACGCGCGCGCCCUCCCCUCCCCUUCUCUUCUCUUCUCCCUCUGCCUGCGUGGGGGGCUUGCGCGCUCGUGUGAUUUCUGUUUCCGAACUCACGCCGAAAUUGAAGCUGAAAGCCUGAAACUGGCGCUGAAGUGAAAUCAAAACUGACGCGGUGAAGUGGUUGGGGCCGGGCGGCCUGUUUGGGAGUGCGACGAUGCGUGUCGGUGGGCAUUGGUUUGCUUUGCUUUGCCUGGACCACGGAGACUCUGGGUUUGCACGUGUUCAGAAUUUGAUGAAUCGAAUCAUCUGCUAAGAUUAGUUUUCAGUUUUCACAGUUUGUACGGAAAUGCAGGGACCGUUAGCAAUUUGGCGUCCUUCCGAGAAAUUGAACCCAGUGGUGGGGUGUAUAAUCACCUGGUAGUAGUGCGAUUCUGAAAGCAUGGGAGGCCUCGAGGUGGCUGAAAUCGAAGAGCAAAUUUAUUCCCCAUUUGGCAACAUUGAGGUCCCAGAUAGUCGUGGUUGCUGCAGUGGUUUCACUGGCAGUGUGACAAAAGUGUUGUUCAUCCUACAUCUACUUGCUUUCAUUGCCCUUACAGUCUUCCUAGGCGUCCAGGCCUCUUCCCACCAGAACCCUGCCUACAAGCCCUUCUCCAACUUCAUCCCUCUGGUAUCCUCUGUCAUAGUAUCCACAAUUGCUGCCUGCUUCUGGGUUAUCCUUGCUGUCACAAACCCUCCAAAAGCCAUCAAGACCUCUCUCUGGGCUGCCCCUGUUUUUGCAGUCGCUUGCGAUGUAGUCAUACUCCUUGUUGCUAAUGGUGCUGCACUUGGUAUUGGAGCACUUGUAGUUGCAUUCGCCAUUGCAGCAGGAUUAUACAGUUGCUGGGCAACUGGUCCACGUCUUCGGCAUGCCUCUGAGCUGCUUUCCGCUUCUGUCAUUGGAGCACACUUGCCGCCUACCACUUCUUGCCUUGUUAUCUUUGUCCUUCUUGCAACGUUUGGCUAUAUGGCCUUCUGGACAGUUGCCAUCAGCUGCAUUGCCGCUGCAGAAGGGCACUUCAUGAACUACCAGAUGGCUUAUGUGGCAGCACUUCUGGUGAGCAUGGCAUGGACUAUGCAGAUAUUGCGCUACAUUGUCUAUGUGGCAGUGGCAAAACUAGCACAUGGACGGCUCGUCUAUGGGAUCCGCAUGCCAGGAGGUGCUGUGGAAGUAUUUUGUGGCACGAUAUUCGGACCGACCUUUGGGGACAUAUGCAUGGGUGCAAUGGCUGUCCCGGUGAACUCAGCCGUGCGGGGAUUGGCUCGAGCAAUGAAAACAGCAACCAGGGGCAAUGAUGAGUUCAUUAUCUCAGGACGGGGCUGCUGCUUUGCUGUAUCAGAAAAAAUGCUGGGACGUGCUAACCGCUGGGGCUUUGUGCAUGUGGGGGCGUGGGGGAAGGCAUUCUGUGUGGCUUCGCGAGAUGUCUGGUCCCUUUUUGUUCUCCGUGGGAUAACAAAUCUUGUCGAUUCAGACCUCACUGGUUCAUUCUGCUUCCUUUCUUCCGUGACAACAGGUGCAUUGGCCUCACUGAUUGCUGGCUCAUGGGCACUAGCCGGCAUGUAUAAAGAUCAGAAGAAGUUAACUCUGCCUGUAGCCAUCUAUGCAUUCCUAAUCGGUUAUUACAUGUGCCGGAUGAUGAUCGCGUGGCCACAGGCGUGUGUGGCAGCUUAUCAUGUCGCGUAUGCAGAGAACCCACAGAACCCUCAGCUUGGCACGCUGAUACCAGAACAUCUGCACGAGCUCCAAGCACUCGCUGCAGACCGUGAUCGCCCCAGAGCUGUCGAUUCUUAUGAUGACAUUGAUGAUUCAUAGAUUCUCCCAUUCUUUCAGUCAAUUUUUUUCCUGAUCCCUGGAGCUUAGAGUCUUAGGCACCACCUAGGCAGCAGAGAGCAGACAAUUGCUGAUGGUUCAGGGCAGCUGCAGAUGGUAGUGUAGUGUGUGCUUGACAUAGGAUUUCUGCUCAUACUUAUUCUGUAGAUAUUACUGGGAAAGUGGAUGUAACUGAAAAAAGUGCUUAGAAGAUAGAGGUAAAUGAAGACACUAGUGAAUAGAUGUACAGAGAUUUAGCACAGCGAACAGACAUGCAGAAUGCCAGAAUAGAAUACAUUGUUUUAGUUUCUUC